ACUACAAUAGCUCUCCCAGCAUGGCGGAAGGUUUGCCAUGAGCUCAACCUCAAGGAACGACUUAUCCCACACAAUGUUGUCACAUGCUGGAACUCGACAUACAACAUGAUGAAGUUUGUGCUUGCUUAUAAGAGUGUGAUUGACAGGAUUAUGGCUGAUAAGUCAUUGAAAUUGCGCAAGUACGAGCUUGACAAUGAGGACUGGGGCAUCAUCAAAGAUCUUGUUGCUACAUACAAAAAAGCAACUCUUUUCUUCUCUCAAGAUUCAGCGAGCAUUGCCGCUGUGAUACCUGCAAUGGACAAGCUCGACUGCCGUCUCAACCCUCAUACCAGGAACCCAUACCAUCCAGCCAUCAAGGCUGCUAUGAAGCUCGCAUGCAAGAAGAUCAACCGCUACUAUUCGAUGACUGAUCUUUCUUCCUUAUACUGA